AAAGUUAGAAUCAUUUUGUAGGAUAAUAAAUACUAAGGCCGGGGAGCCUGUUCAACCGGCUACCGGCUGAAAGUAUUCCAUUUAUAGAAAGUUCCAGAAAAAGGCCUCCCAGGGAGUUUUCCCUCAUUAUUCAAAAACACCUUGCUCAGUCUCACGCGCUCGCUCCUCCUCGUCGUUUCAGAUCAAAACUCCUCUGGCUUCCUCAUCACAUGAUUUCAAACUCGUCCAAAAUUCAAAACCAGAGUUCGUACAUUAACCUAAUCUGAACCCCUAAUUCUGAGCAUCCGAAAGAAGCUGUGGUUUGGGGUCCCUGGAAAUGGUGUCGCCGAAGGUGAUGGCGUCUUCGUCUUCUCGCAAUUCGGAUCUAAGACGUCGUUCCUCGUCGAAGUCCGUGGCUUCCGACCAGGGGAAGUCGGGACUCGGUGCGAUGACGGUGGACGGCCUCCUCCGCAACGUCUACAGCGCCGCUCCCGCCUCAGAGAGCACGCUCGUUGACGCGGAGAUCACGUUGGUGGACUCCGGGACGGGAGCGAUGGCGGAGCUGGAGGGGGCGCCGGCGUCGAAGACAGUGGAUGAUGUGUGGAGGGAGAUGGUGGCGGGAGGGGAUGGUAGGAGGGAGUGUAAGGAGGAAGUUGAGGACGAGAUGAUGACUUUGGAGGAUUUUCUGGCGAAGGCAGAGGCGGUGGAGGAAGAAGGGGAGGAUCGGGACGUGAAGGUUCCCCUGGUGACGCAGCGGCUGAGCGGAGGGAUUUUUGCUUUUGAUCCCGUGCCACCGAGUCCCAUCACGCCGGCGCAGGUGGAGGGUUCGGUGAUAGGGUUUGGGAAUGGAAUGGAGAUUGUUGGGGGAAGAGGCAAGAGGAGGGCGCCUGUCUUGGAGCCCUUGGAUAAGGCGGCUCAGCAGAAGCAGCGCCGGAUGAUCAAGAACAGAGAGUCUGCGGCCAGGUCGAGGGAGCGGAAGCAGGCAUACCAAGUUGAAUUAGAAUCAUCAGCAGUAAGACUGGAGGAGGAGAAUGAGCAGCUAUUGAAAGAGAAGGCUGAGCGUUCAAAAGAAAGGUUAAAGCAGCUCAUGGAAAAAAUUAUCCCAGUUGUGGAAAGGAGGAAACCAGCCCGCGUCCUCCGAAGAGUUCGCUCCAUGGAGUGGUAGAAUAUUGUUUAUGCAUCAGGUAUGAGAUUAGAAUACAGAACACCCUUAUCUAACAUAGAAAAAAAUUGCAAUCUUCUGUGGAGAACUAUCUUCAUUGGCUUAGAUAUCUGCACCCAUUGGUUGCUAUUCUGAGAGAAAACAUGGUUACCCUGAUACAAAGAAAAACAUAGGGGAUGGGAAGCCAAGUUACAAGGGAAAUUCCUUAUGACUGAAGAUAUAAAGGACUUCCAUCAAAGGAGAUUAAAGAGUUGUAAGACAAACCUAUAGUUGUAGUUAGUAAGUGUAUUAAUGUGUAAAACUGACUAUGGCAGCACUUUGACAGAAUACAUAGUGGUGACUAAUGUGGCAUUUAUGAUAUUUUUUGACCUUGCUCUCUGA